AUGAAUUCAUUUCGAAGAGUAGUAACCAAAACUAAAACCAAUAUCUUUUUGCAUAAAGUGAGCAUCGAUAAUGUAUUAAGAGAACAAUUGGCUGCAUUAAGAUUGAUGUAACCAAAAACUCAAGCACUAAAAAUUAGUAAUGAAGAUAGUCGAUCAACAACUAAAACAAUGUAAAUAAGAGACUUUUCUAUGAAAUUAAUUAAGACAAUCUAUAGAAAAAAUGAUGAUGUUGAAGUGGCAGGAUAUUAAAAGAUCUUGGCUGAAUUGAUCUACAUUAAUAAUAAAAAAAGAUCAUGUUAUAGAGAUUCCAGAGAUACAGCUAUAAAAUGA